AUGUCAGAAUCUCGGUCUCGUGUCUUCCUACUCCUCGAUCUUGCUGCAAUCACGCAAACUCAUGUUAGUUGUCGGAAACGAUUGCCAAAAGUGAGACUGAUAUAUAGUACAAAGCAUAAUGCGAGCGCCAAGCUGCUUGCCGUCUUGGGACGGCUGGGGAUGGACUUGAGGGUUGGAACAAAUUUCGAUAUGGAAACUUGCAGGAAAAAUUGCAAUGACAUUCGACUUUGGGACGAUCCUAGCUGCACAGGAAAAACGAAUUCAUAUUACCGGCGUCUAAUUCUCGAUGUUUCCAUGAGUGUUGCUUCAUCCACACCUCUGAUCGUCGAUGGACAUGAUGAGCUUCGCCGACUGGUAUCAGCCAUCACGCGCAUGUCACAAAGGCGGCAAAAACAGCUACCUGCACUUUGUUUUAUUAUGAAAGUUGACGGUCUAUCAGACGAAUGGAAGGAUGCCUUAUCGACAACACACGCAGCUGCAUCGAGCACUUCUCAUAGGUUAGUUGGGAUCAGCUUGGACCUUCUGGAACGCAAGACAACGUUGUCGAAUAGUCUCGCGCUCCUCUCAGAUGUUCUGGUUUAUUGCCGUGACGAGCUUGGGAUGGGUAAUCCACAACUGCACUUGACAGCACCAGAUUCAAUAGACCCAAUUCUGGCUGAUUGGCUCUCGGAGAAUUCCGAAUGGCUCAGCUUGUGCACUUUAGAUAUAAGUCACAUCUUGGUGAAAGAUGCAGGGGCAAUAUGUACUCGCAUCAUCGGAGUGAAGCAAAACCAAGCAAGCAAAAUACAUUACUACAUUGACGAUGGGUGCUAUGGAUCAUUAUCGAAUCACUCCAAAAGCACAGUCCCAGUUCCGCUAAAAGCAAAGGCGGAUGACGGAGAUGAACUUCUAAACUCCUCUCACGAUUUGGAAGCGACUGUUUGGGGCCCCACUUGUGAUGGGAUCGACAAAGUUUGUGUGGGGAAACUUCCUAAACUUUGCAGAGACGAUUGGUUAGUCUUUGGGAACACUGGAUUCUGUGAUGUAGGGACUACUUUCAAUGGAUUUGCACCACCUGACGUUGUGUACUGUGCUUUAGGAGGAGUGCUGUAUCCUUCUGCGCCGAGGUAA